CUGGGACCAGGGCUUCAGGAGGACACCAUGACCGGGAGGCUGUGGUGCAAGGCCAUUUUUGCUGGCUACAAACGUGGCCUCCGAAACCAGCGGGAGCACACUGCCCUUCUGAAAAUUGAAGGUGUUUAUGCCCGUCAGGAGACAGACUUCUACUUGGGCAAGAGGUGUGCCUAUGUGUACAAAGCUAAAAACAACACGGUAACCCCUGGGGGCAAGCCCAACAGGACACGAGUGAUCUGGGGGAAGGUGACCCGCGCCCACGGCAACAGUGGCAUGGUUCGUGCCAAGUUCCGCUCCAACCUUCCUGCCAAGGCCAUUGGACACAGAAUCCGGGUGAUGCUGUAUCCAUCUAGGAUCUAAAUUUUUAUUGGAAAUAAAAUGGAGAAUCUGUU